CCCCCUGAACCAUUUGGUGGCGCGCUGUGUGUGGAGACGUGUAGCUCCCGGCCCGUGACUGAGUGUGACAGUGGCAGACGUCAUGACGAGAGCCAACCUCUGAUCCCAAAACAGUUUCUUUUCCUCCUCUUCUGUGCCCAGUGUCUGUGUGGUGUGGUGAUAGCCAGUACAACCGGCACCAUGGUUGAACACAGAGCUAGCUGCUCUCCCCACUGGGGAAUGCGUUUGUUAGGUCUGAGUGUAUUAGUGCUUACUCUUUGCAGUCCAGUCUCUGCUGAAGGAAACGAUACUGACGCGUUUGGAAAAUGUCUCGACGGUCUCAUUAUUCCACUAUGGUCACCCCAGGAAAACCUAACUACUGGCGACCGAGUGGCCCGAGCCAUUGUCUACUUCGUGGCGAUGGUGUGGCUCUUCAUCGGUGUGUCCAUCAUCGCUGAUCGUUUCAUGGGUUCCAUUGAAAUGAUUACUUCGCAAGAGAAGGAAGUGACAGUGAAAAAGGCAAACGGCGAGACGCAGAUCAUUGUAGUCCAAGUGUGGAAUGAAACUGUGGCCAACCUCACGCUCAUGGCCCGGCCCUGUCCUGAGAUCCUGUUGUCCGUUGUUGAAAUGUUCGCCACAAACUUCGAAGCCGGAGAUCUCGGUCCUGGAACCAUCGUCGGUUCCGCAGCCUUCAACUUGUUUGUCAUCAUUGGUAUCUGCGUAUAUGUUAUCCCUGAUGGUGAGGUGAGAUACAUUAAGCAUCUCCGCGUAUUCUUUAUCACUGCUUUCUUCUCCGUGUUCGCUUAUAUUUGGCUGUAUCUUAUCCUGGCUGAAAUUUCCUACGGUAUCGUGGAGUUCUGGGAAGCCUUCCUGACCUUCCUCUUCUUCCCCAUUACUGUUGUUCUUGCCUACAUCGCUGAUCGUCGUCUUCUCUUCUACAAGUACUUGACAAAGGAAUAUCGUAUGGGCAAGCGCGGUGUUAUCAUUGAAACUGAAGGCACCGAUGUCGAGUUGGGAAAGAAGGAAGAAGGAGGACCCCUGUUUGAAGAAAAUGUAGACGAAUCUGUCAAGGAGUUUGAGGAACAUCGCAAGGAGUACAUGGCUGUUAUUCGUGAGCUGCCCAAAGCACAUGCCAUGGAAAACCUAGAAUCUAUGGCCCGCGAGGAAAUUAUUAACCGUGGCCCCAAGUCUCGUGCCUUCUACCGUAUCCAGGCCACCAGGAAGCUGACUGGUGGUGGUAACAUCAUGAAGAAAGCGAGAGAGGAGGUUAAGGUAGAAAAGGAAGACGACAGAAAAAAGACAGAGGACACCAUCCGUAUUUUCUUCGACCCUGGACACUACACCGUGAUGGAGAACGUGGGUACUUUUGAAGUGACUGUAGUCCGUGAAGGAGGGGAUCUCAACACCACUGUUCUUGUUGACUACAAGACUGAAGACGGCACAGCAAAUGCUGGCGGCGAUUACAUAGGUGCGGAAGGUACUCUGGUCUUCCUGCCAGGUGAAACACAGAAAACCUUCAACCUGGAAGUCAUCGACGACGAAGUUUUCGAGGAAGAUGAACAUUUCUACGUCCGUCUCUCCAACAUGCGCCUGGGCUCUGAUGGUACAGCCGUGACCCAUGCUGUCAACGGUGCUGCUGGUCAACCCAACAAGCCUGUCAAGAUGGAACUGGCUGCUCCAUACGUCGCCACUAUUAUGAUUCUCGACGAUGAUCACGGUGGUAUCUUCAACGUCAGCGAAAAGGACAUAGAAAUCGUGGAGUCUAUUGGAACAUACGAACUGAAGGUUGUGCGUUGGUCUGGUGCACGUGGCCGCGUCACUGUGCCUUACAAGACGGAAGACGGUACAGCCAAGGCCGGCAAGGACUACGAAGCAGCUGAAGGCGAACUUGUCUUCGAGAACAACGAGACUGAGUAAGUAGUAGAGUCCAUCCC